GAUGACAAAUCAAAAGAGUCCCGACAUCUGUUUGAGCCGGACGGAGGGGCUGCUCCCCGCUCGGACUGGCCGGAUCGUUGAUUGACGGACGGUUCAUCGGCAAUGAUCGGAAAGAUCUGGGUUUUGCAAGAAGGUUUUUUUUCUUCGAGCUGCGAACGGGGGGAACGCCAGCCUGAGAGGCUCCGGAGAGACGAUAAUCCGAGUCCAGUUCCUUCAUUCCUCAAGGCUGGAGCUGCGUCUGCGGCAUCCGUCACAAAUUGUAGGUCGCAGCCAAAGGAGGAUUUUUUUGGUGGAGUGGAGAUCGUAGAGAAAGAUGGUCGGCCUGAAGCCCACCGAGAUCCCACCGUCGGCACCCAUCAAAUUCCUGAGCGCUGGCACAGCCGCCUGCAUUGCUGACCUCUGCACCUUUCCCUUGGACACAGCAAAAGUCCGGCUCCAGAUUCAGGGGGAAUCGAGGACUUGCAAAGCAAGCAGACAAGUGAAAUACAAGGGGGUCCUGGGGACCAUCACCACUAUGGUGAAGAUGGAAGGACCCAAGAGUCUCUACAAGGGGCUGGUGGCCGGUCUUCAGCGCCAGAUGAGCUUCGCUUCCGUCCGGAUCGGGCUCUACGAUUCGGUGAAGGAGCUCUACACGCCCAAGGGCUCCGAGCAUACCAGCAUCUUCACCCGCCUCCUGGCCGGCUGUACCACCGGCGCCAUGGCGGUGACCUGCGCCCAACCUACGGACGUGGUGAAAGUCCGCUUCCAAGCCCACAUCCAGCUGGUGGGGGCUCCCAAGAGGUACAACGGGACCGUGGACGCCUAUCGAACGAUCGCCCGGGAAGAAGGGGUCCGAGGCCUCUGGAAAGGGACGAUUCCCAACAUCACUCGCAACGCCAUUGUGAACUGUGGGGAAAUGGUGACCUACGACCUCAUAAAGGAAACCCUGUUGAAAUAUCACCUGAUGACUGAUAAUUUCCCGUGCCACUUCGUCGCUGCGUUCGGAGCCGGUUUCUGCGCGACGGUGGUGGCGUCUCCGGUGGACGUGGUCAAGACGCGGUACAUGAACUCCAGUGCCGGACAAUACAAGAACGCCUUGAGCUGCAUGCUGACCAUGGUGGUGAAGGAAGGACCAAACGCCUUCUACAAAGGCUUCAUCCCUUCUUUCUUACGGCUGGGGUCCUGGAACGUGGUGAUGUUUGUAUCUUACGAGCAGCUGAAACGGUUGAUGGUUUUGGCUCAGGUUUCUUGGGAACUUGGCCGGUUCUUCCAGGUGUUCCGUGUAGAUUUCUUUGUCUUUUCCACCAUCCAAGACCCUCUCGAGCCUGUCACCAUGGUUGGAUUCAAGCCCUCCGAUAUCCCUCCAACGGCAACGGUGAAGUUUUUGGGAGCCGGGACGGCUGCCUGCAUCGCCGACCUGAUCACCUUCCCACUGGACACAGCAAAAGUCCGGUUGCAGAUCCAAGGAGAGAAGAAGGCCCAUGUCACCCCCAAAACGGCCGAGUACAGGGGCGUCUUUGGCACCAUGGCCACCAUGGUCAAGAACGAGGGCCCCAAAAGUCUCUACAAUGGAUUGGUGGCCGGUCUUCAGCGCCAGAUGAGUUUUGCUUCGGUCCGGAUCGGGCUCUACGACUCCGUGAAACAUUUCUACACCAAAGGCUCAGACCAUGCCGGCGUGGGGAGCCGUCUCCUUGCCGGGUGCACCACGGGGGCGAUGGCAGUCAUGGUGGCCCAGCCCACGGACGUGGUCAAAGUGCGAUUCCAGGCCCAGAUCCGGACAGAUGCCGGCCGACGUUACCAAGGCACUUUGCAUGCCUACAAGACCAUUGCCAAGGAAGAAGGAGUCCGGGGCCUGUGGAAAGGGACACUUCCCAACGUAUCCCGAAACGCCAUUGUGAAUUGCGCCGAACUGGUGACCUACGACAUCAUCAAGGAUACUCUGCUCAAAUCCCGUCUCAUGACAGACGACAUCCCCUGCCACUUUCUCUCCGCCUUUGGAGCCGGCUUCUGCACCACCAUCAUCGCCUCUCCGGUUGACGUGGUGAAAACCAGAUACAUGAACUCUCCUCCCGGCCAGUACAGGAACGCCGGGAGUUGCGCUCUCAGGAUGCUUCGGGAUGAAGGACCACUGGCGUUCUACAAGGGAUUUACACCUUCCUUUCUUCGGCUGGGAUCCUGGAACGUGGUGAUGUUUGUGACUUACGAACAGCUAAAACGUGCCUUGAUGGCAGCCCGGGCCUCGUGGGGGACCCCAUCCUGAGAAGCAGAGUUUAAACUUUUUCUCCAAUCUUAUCCAUCCCCUCCGUUCUCCUGACCUGCGUGUUUCUAAAACUCUCGUGGAUUUCCCCGUUUUAAAAGGUUGGAAUGGUUUUACGCUUACACGUCCCGGUCUGGCCGUAGCUGCUGAUUCAGGAUCUGCAAAUACCCCUGGUGUCUUUUUAAAAGUAAUUUUUAUCUUUACCGGACCAAUCAUCCGUUUUAACAGGUGCUUUUUAAACGCUGCAGAAUCGAAGAUGCCCCCCGCUUAUGUUACACAAUGUUUCCUGAAGUCUUACUGCUGUCCUAACCAGCUUGCGCACCCCUUAAACACAAACGGGAUGAAUUUUGUUCCACUUGCACACUCGACUUCAAGCCCGUCCGAAAAGGCUUCGCUUCCCCCCCCCCCUUCAUUAAAUUGAAUCAGUUCCCUUUUUCGGAAUUGGGAAAGAAUCAGUUUUCCCAAGCUUGCUACGUCUCUCCGAUGUCUUUAAAAAAAAUGGCCACCGUCUCCAAAUUGCUGGCAUUUGGGGAGGUGGGGGCCGCAGCCUAAAAUGUGUUCGAGACCCUCCUGCUUGGCUUGUAAGCCCCUUAACUCACCUAUUACAAAGCUGAAUUCAGACCCCCUCCCCGAGAAUUUGCCGAGAAGCUCAGAUCCAGAUUUUCCCACAUUUUUAACUAUUGUCCUUUGGCAGAACCGAUUGAAGGAUGAUCUGGCUUAACCGCACUUUUGUUCCACUGCAAAUUUUUUUGGGGGGGAGAAAAGAAAAAUGGCACUUUUUUUUUCUGUGGGCGAGCCUGCUGUGAAAUUAUUUGUGAUGUUGCGUUGAUUAUUUUUUUUUAAAAAAAAAUAUGCGCUACGAAUGUCAAAUCUUUUUUUUUAAAAUAAAGCUCAAGCAAAGGACCUGCUUUUGUUCU